AUGUCGACAGGCGACGACCUCGGAAGCCCUCUACAGCUAACGCCCUGCAGCCCUCUACACUGCGGGGGAGGUCCGGUUUUUAUGUUUUCUACGAGAACGCCGGACCUUGGGACGUCGCCCCAUGGACAGCCAGCGCAAGAACUGCCUAGGAGAAAUUCUACAACGGCGACCGAGGAAGCUGCAUCGAGCCACGGCGACGCAUUGACCCGACAGCCUUUUAGAGAGGGAGAGACGCUCACAGUGUUCUUCCCCCUCCCUGACUACUUCGUUUGCCCCGAAGACGGCUGCACACAGGCAUUCCGAUCCGCAACGUGGACGAGCCAACGACAGUCACUGACGCGGCACCUGGAGCAAGGGCACAAUUACCGCAUCAGAAAGUACCUAUACCUCUGCCUAAUCUGCAACGAGCCACUGGGAAACCGCCCGAAAAACCACAAGUGCAGCUUGACCCCCAGUCAGCCAGCGCAGCCCUCAAGCCGAACAUCCUUCCGCCAUGUGUGCAGCAUUUGCCACGACUCGUUCCCAAGUAAGAAAGGGCUAUACAACCAUACGGUAUGGCACAGACGGGAGGAGGCACGAGCAGCUGGCGUUGACCGCAACCGCGCGAUGCAACCCCUGGAGCACCAUGGCCCAGCAGCCACACCAGAGGAUGAUCCUGAGCUGAAUGACAGGAACAGCACCACAGCCCAUCCAUCAACAACGGCCUCUCAGCUGACCCCUGAAGAUGACACAUGUGGCCCCCCCGCUGAUUCUUCAGUCACCACGCCAAAUAGGAGCAUUGAAUGCUACCCCACAGAACUUCCGAGCGGUAUCAUCACCGAGCCCUCUGCCCUCCCUGCCCCAAUCCAAGUGGAAGAGGCCAUCGACAUACUAAUUGAGGGAAACGAUGCACCCCCCCCAUCAGGAGUGGCCCCUCAGCUGGGUCCGGAAGUGGACUCAAGAGGCUCCCAGGCUGAUUCUCUGGCCACCGCGUCAGAUGGGAGCGAAGCAUGCAUCUCCGCAGAACCUCUAUGCAGUGACACCAUCGAGUCCUCUGCCCUCACGACUACGGACCAGGUGGAAGAGGCUGGCGGCAUACCAGCUGAGGAAGAUGACGCCCAACACCCUGCCCAAUCACACGAUGAAGCUCGGGAAACAUUCGUAUUAUCAAGCUUUGUUCCCGAGCUGAAUGCCAUCCUUGAUGCCACCGUCUCAGACGCCAGCUGGGCCAGGUUCGAAGGUAUCCUUGAAGAAGCCACCAAAGCAGCAUCCAGUGCGGUUCGCCUGCCCCCUCCUCGUAACGAAGGCUCACGCAUCAGACAGCUCAACCCGGAAGACCCACGACAGAUCCAGAAACUGUACAAAAGAAACAGGCGCCAAGCGGUACGGCUCAUCUGUGACGGACCUUCAACAAGGUGCCAAAUCCCAUGCGAGCAAGUAGAGAACCAUUUCUCUGCCCUUUGGCAGCCAGAGGACUGCGACACGAGUUUUCUACAACAUCGCCCCUGUGCAACCACUGAGAUGGACCUCAGCUACUUCACGCCACAGGAGGUCAGGCGGAAGGCCGCCAAGACGGAAAACACCGCGCCCGGCGACGACCGUCUCACCUAUAGGCAUUGGCUGGACGUCGACCCUGAUGGUAUAUUCAUGGCAGUGACAUUCAACAUCUGCCUUAAGUACAAGCGUGUCCCCGCUUCCUGGCGUACAUCAAAAACAGUCCUCAUCUUCAAAAAAGGGAACCCGGAUGAGAUCAGCAACUGGAGACCCAUCUCUAUUGCAAGAACGCUGAACAAACUGUACGCCGGUUGCCUAGCUUCUAGACUACAGUCAUGGAUCGCGCAGAACGAUGUAUUGAGCCACACGCAGAAAGGAUUUAUGCCAUACGACGGCGUGUAUGAACACAACUUCAUUCUGCAGCGACGCAUCAACGAUGCCAGGGCCAACAACAGGGAGCUGUGUGCGGCAUUUCUUGACUUUUCAAAUGCCUUCGGCUCUAUCCCCCACAGUGCCAUCAUCAGAGCUGUGGAAGUAGCUGGCGCCGGACCUGACUUCACAGCAAUCAUAUCUGACCUCUACUCUGGUAACACUAGUCGUGUCCUCACCAGUGGCGACUCCACAGCGCCCAUUCCUAUGGAACGUGGGAUACGGCAAGGAUGCCCGCUUAGUGGCUUGCUGUUCAAUUUGGCAAUAGAUCCUAUACUUCGUGACAUCCAGGGCCCCAACAGAGACCACGCCAUCUUGGCAUAUGCUGACGACCUAACACCGCUCGCAGAGGAUCCCCAGCUCCUACAGCACCGCAUCGACAGAAUUGUCACCCUGGCAUCCUCCCUCCGGCUGUCCCUCAACCCCAGCAAAUGCAGGACCCUCCACAUCUCUGGGCACCAACCGGUCGGACUGCGAGACACAGUGUUCCACAUCAAUGGCAGGCCCAUCAGCACCAUGGCGGAGUUUGAGUCCUUCAACUACCUCGGACGACCGGUGGGCUUUAAUGUACUAAAGGAUGUCUCAACAAUUGAUACGGCCAUCAACACGGGGAAACGGAUCCUGACAUCCAUGUUAGCGCCUUGGCAACGACUUGAUGCGCUGAAGACAUUUGUCUACCCGUCCCUUAACUUUGCCAUGCGCUGUGGACGCCUGGGGAAAACAGACUGGACGAAACUCGACCAGGAACUGCGACCUCUCAUAAAGAGGACUCUCUACAUUCCCAACAAUGCCACCAAUGACUACAUCUACGGUAAAUCCGGAUUGGGAUGCUGCGGCAUACCUCUUGCGGCAGAGACAAGCGAUAUCGCAAGGAUCGACGGAGCGUUCAAGCUCCUGACAUCGCGGGACCCAGCGGUGGCAAGGAUAGCCAAAGAGGACCUCUUCGACACAGUCGGCAAGCGCCUGCGCACAACAUGCUCCCCAAGUGACGUGGAGGGUUUCCUUUCCGGAGACACAGAGGGAUCCUACAGAGCAUCUACAAAUGAACUCUGCAAUGUUUGGACUGAGGCCAGGAAAGCCUCUCGUCGGCUCUGCGUAACGUGGACCAUCGAGGAAGGUGGUGCCACCAUUACCAGGAAAGGCCAGGCCAUGACAAAGCGCUGGAGAGCAAGAAUAAUGCGCACCAUACGCGACCAACUCGAUAGAGAGCGCACGGAUGCUCUUCACAACCUUGCCAACCAAGGCAAGGUCAUGGACUGCGCCGGACUCGACCCCAGCAGCACCCACUUCUUCCGCACGGGCCUAUUCACACGCUUCGCGGACUGGAGAUUUGUUCAUCGAGCCCGCCUGAAUCUCCUUCCACUAAACGGCGCAAGAACCUGGGCAAACGGUGACAAGAGGUGCCGAAGGUGUGGCUACCAAAACGAAACCCUGCCUCAUGUGGUGUGCCACUGCAUGAGGCAAAGCCAAGCAAUGACGAGGCGGCACAACGACAUCGUCGACCGAGUGAGGAAAGCAUCCACAGCAAAGUUCACCAUAAUCUCUGAAAACCGACCCGUUGGUGACACCCAGCUCCGCCCGGAUAUCAUCCUUGCUCGGGGAGAAGAAGCUAUCAUCGUCGACAUAACUUGCCCAUUCGAGAACCGCCAGUCAGCGUUCGAAGAAGCCCGCACAGCAAAGGUCACCAAGUACCAGCCUGUCAAGGAAUACCUACAACGAAGAUUCCAACGCGUUACCAUCGAGCCAGUCGUUGUCGGUGCCCUCGGCUGCUGGGAUCCCAAGAAUGAUCACUUCCUCAGGCGCCUCUGUUCGCGCAGAUACCUAAAAAAGAUGAAGAAGCUGUGCGUAAGCGCUGUCAUCUCUGCGACACGGGACAUCUACGCGGCACACAUCGCCAGCUCGUGA